CCCCCGCCGCCGGGUGACUGCGCAGCCGCCAUGUUGGUUGCUAUGCUGCCGCCGCUGCCCGUAUGAGGCGGGCGGCGAUGAGGGGAGGAGGCUGCUGUUGCUCCCCCCUUCUCCCGCCGCGGCACACGCUCGCGCGCCGGCAGCGAGAGCGCCGCUGCGGGGCCCCGCCGGCUUCCCCCCCCUCCCCGGCGCCCUCUCCCUCCUCGCUGGGGCGUGCGAGGCGGAGCCCGAGCCCCUGUCCGCGCGGGGCGCCCCGGCUGCGCGGCCGGGUAGCGGCCCCCGUGCGCUCGGCGCUGCCCCGCCAGCGGCGCCGCGACCGCCGGCUCGUCCCCCGCCGGCCGUAGCGGCGCGGAGCGGGGGAGGGAGCGGCCGGAGGGGGGUCGCCGCCCUCCCCGGCGGGCUUCCCCCGUCCCUGCCUCCGCCUGCGCUUUCCCCUCCCCCGCCGCUCCGGCGCGCGGCCCCGCGGCCCCGCCGCCGCAGUACGAUGUGGUCCCCGGCGCUGCGGCUGGGCGCGGGGCGGCUGCUGCGGCUGCUGCCCGGGCUGCGGCUCGGCCGGGCGCUGCGGGGCCACUGAAGGCGGCGGGCGGCGCGCGUGGCUGUGUGCGUGCGGCUGACUGUGCGCGAGGCUGACUGACGGUGCGUGUGCGGCUGUGCGUGCGCGGCUGGCGGUGCGGGUGUGCGUGUGUGCCUGUGAGGGGGUCGCGGGCAGACAGCGGCCAGCGCAGCCCCCGCGCCGGCUGCCCGGGCGCCGCCGCGCCGCGCUCCCCGCGGCAGGACGUGGCUGUUAUAUGAAGACCCUGUGUGGACAGUAAUGACCGCACGUUUCCGAUUGCCUGCUGGCAGAACCUACAAUGUACGAGCAUCUGAGCUGGCACGAGACAGGCAGCAUACGGAGGUGGUCUGCAACGUUCUUCUUCUGGAUAACACUGUACAAGCUUUCAGAGUUAAUAAACAUGAUCAGGGACAAGUUCUGUUGGAUAUAGUCUUCAAGCAUCUCGAUUUGACAGAGAGAGAUUACUUUGGUUUACAGUUGGCUGAUGAAUCCACUGAUAACCCUAGGUGGCUGGAUCCAAACAAACCUAUCAGGAAACAAUUAAAAAAAAUAUUUUCCUUGAUUCCAGGAGGGUCUCCUCACAGUCUGAACUUCAGAGUCAAGUUUUUUGUAAGUGACCCAAACAAGCUCCAAGAAGAAUAUACUAGGUACCAGUAUUUUUUGCAAAUUAAACAGGACAUUCUUACUGGAAGAUUGCCCUGCCCUUAUAAUACUGCUGCUCUUUUGGCUUCCUAUGCUGUUCAGUCCGAGCUGGGAGACUACAACCAUUCAGAAAACUUGCCAGGCUACCUCUCAGACUAUUCUUUCAUCCCUAGCCAGCCUCAAGACUUUGAGAAAGAAAUAGCAAAAUUACAUCAGCAGCACAUAGGGUUGUCUCCUGCAGAAGCAGAGUUCAAUUAUCUCAAUACAGCACGUACCUUAGAACUUUAUGGAGUUGAAUUGCACUAUGCAAGGGAUCAGAGUAACAAUGAAAUAAUGAUUGGAGUGAUGUCGGGAGGAAUACUAAUUUAUAAGAACAGAGUACGAAUUAACACCUUUCCAUGGUUGAAGAUUGUAAAAAUUUCUUUUAAGUGCAAACAGUUUUUUGUUCAACUUAGGAAAGAAUUGCAUGAAUCUAGAGAAACAUUACUGGGAUUCAAUAUGGUGAAUUAUCGAGCAUGUAAGAAUUUGUGGAAAGCUUGUGUUGAACAUCACACAUUCUUCCGUUUGGACAGACCACUGCCCCCUCAGAAGAACUUUUUUGCACAUUACUUCACUUUGGGUUCAAAGUUCCGGUACUGUGGGAGAACAGAGGUCCAGUCUGUGCAGUAUGGUAAAGAAAAAGCAAACAAAGACAGGGUAUUUGCAAGGUCCCCCAGUAAACCCUUGUCACGGAAAUUAAUGAGUGGGAUGGACUGGGAAGUAGUGAGUAGGAACUCGCUGUCUGAUGACAGGUUAGAAACCCAGAGCCUGCCAUCACGAUCUCCACCUGGAACCCCAAAUCAUCGCAACUCUGCCUUCACUCAAGAAGGAGCCCGUUUACGCCCCUCAUCAGUUGGACAUUUAGUGGACCAUGUGGUUCACACUUCACCAAGUGAAGUAUUUGUGAAUCAUAGAUCUCCAUCUUCCACCCAGGCUAAUAGCAUAAUACUGGAAUCAUCACCAUCUCAAGAGACUCCUAUAGAUGGGCAGCCUCCUGCAUUACCACCCAAACAAUUUAAAAGGAACAGUUGGAACCAAAUUCAUCAUUCACACUCACAGCAAGAACUGGAUAACCAUAUUAAUGAAACGUUUGAUGUUCCUGUGUCGCCUGAAAAAUCCACACCCAAUGGGGGUGUCCCCCAUGACAAUCUUGUUAUGAUCAGAAUGAAACCAGAUGAAAAUGGAAGAUUUGGCUUCAAUGUAAAGGGUGGAUAUGAUCAGAAGAUGCCAGUAAUAGUGUCCAGAGUAGCUCCAGGAACACCUGCUGAUCUCUGCGUCCCUCGUUUGAAUGAAGGGGACCAGGUUGUACUGAUUAAUGGCAGGGAUAUAGCAGAACAUACCCAUGAUCAAGUUGUUAUGUUUAUUAAAGCUAGCUGUGAGAGACACUCAGGGGAACUUGUGCUCCUAGUUCGACCCAAUGCUGUCUAUGAUGUUGUGGAAGAGAAGCUGGAGAGUGAGCCUGACUUCCAGUACAUCCCUGAGAAAUCUCCACUUGAUGGUGUCCAUCAAGAUGAUAAUGCUCUGAGGGAAUCCAUGAUUCAGCUAGCAGAGGGGCUUAUCACUGGAACCGUUUUGGCUCAGUUUGAUCAAUUGUAUAGGAAAAAGCCUGGAAUGACAAUGUCUUGUGCCAAAUUACCUCAAAACAUUUCCAAAAAUAGAUACAGAGACAUUUCGCCUUAUGAUGCUACACGGGUUAUUUUAAAAAGUAAUGAAGAUUACAUCAAUGCAAAUUAUAUAAAUAUGGAAAUCCCUUCUUCCAGUAUAAUAAACCAGUACAUUGCUUGUCAAGGUCCGUUACCGAACACUUGUCCUGAUUUUUGGCAGAUGACUUGGGAACAAGGCUCAUCUAUGGUUGUAAUGUUAACUACUCAAGUUGAACGGGGCAGAGUUAAAUGCCAUCAGUACUGGCCAGAGCCAUCCGGAAGCUCAUCAUAUGGGAAUUUCCAGAUUACCUGCCAUUCAGAAGAAGGAAAUCCUGCUUAUGUCUUUCGAGAAAUGACACUGACAAACCUGGAGAAAGAGGAAAGCCGCCAACUAACCCAAAUUCAGUAUAUAGCAUGGCCUGAUCAUGGGGUUCCUGAUGAUUCGAGUGAUUUCCUAGAUUUUGUGUGUCUUGUGCGAAAGAAGAGGGCUGGCAGAGAAGAACCCGUUGUUGUUCAUUGCAGUGCUGGGAUUGGACGGACAGGAGUUCUUAUCACUAUGGAGACAGCUAUGUGUCUCAUUGAAUGCAAUCAGCCCGUUUAUCCAUUAGAUAUUGUAAGAACCAUGAGAGAUCAGAGAGCCAUGAUGAUCCAAACACCUAGUCAAUACAGAUUUGUGUGUGAAGCUAUUUUGAAGGUGUAUGAAGAAGGAUUUAUUAAACCUUUAAAAGCAUCACUGCAUAAAUAAAUAGCAAAAAAAAAGCUAGGAUAUCAAUUGAGGAAUCCUGUCCUCUAUAAUGAACUGGCAGCAUUCUUUGUGCCAUAAUACUGUUUGCAGGAAAUGAUAGUGAAGUACAGCAAAGAAUUGACAAAGGACUUUGAAAACUUCAGCACUGUUGCACUUUACGUUGAAACAAAAUCAGUCUCUGAAACUCUUCUAACCUUCAUGUGUUUGAAGACUUUAUUUUCAUGCUUUGCUCCAAACAAACCAUAAACUGAAAGAACUAAUUGUGUUCAGGGUAAUCUACGAUAUUUCAUUGUAGUGCCAUAUACUGCGCUUCUGGUUGAAUUGCUACAAACAAGGCUUGGAAUUAUUUCACUCUGUUUUACACCCAUGUCUCUUAAAAUGAAAAACAAAUGAAAAAAUACACUAAGCCAUGGUCUUUUCCAGUGCUAGGUUUAUUUACUAUGUACAGACUCUCACUUUUGUUUUUUACAACAUUAGCAAUAUUGCCAAUACUAGAGAGAUACACACUGCCUACUGAUGCAGCACACUUUGUCCUACACCCUUAUUAGAGACCAGCUGGUUGUUAGGGGAAAGCUGGCAUCUGUGUUAACCCAGCAGUAGCUGCAUAAUGCCCACUUACCAGCAUCUUGUAAAAUAAAUAAAUAAAAAUAAUAAAUAAACAGCAUUUCUUUGACACAACUUGUGUGUCAUACACUGGUGUAUUCUGAUUCAUGUGACUUAAGAUUACGUGAUGGGAACUAGUGCAUGCAUUUAUGUCUUAACCCCUUAAGUGCCUUGAGACUUACAGCGUACAUCCAGUGAAAAGGCACUCAUGAUUCUAUGGGGGUGGUAUUGUCCUGUCAUAUUUAUCUUAAUGGGUUCAGAUUUUGAAAACGGCCCUUGGUGCUUGGAAUAUGUUACUGCAAGGGGUCAUGGAAAUACCAUUCCCUCUUUUCUUAUACAAGUACCUGCGUGCUACUCUUAGUAGCAAAAGCACCUCUGCCAACUUAAUGAAUGAGCAUUGUUUGCUGCUGUGUUGUAAUGAUGUGGAAAACCUGACACAUUCCUUCAUUCCUUUCAACUAGUCCCUUACUAGCAGCUUACCAUGAAAUGCUAGUAGGUCUUUAGAAGCUGAUACUUUGUUUUAUCCUUUUAUGGAGAAUAGCUGUCUUACUCAAUUAGGACAUAAUUGUUUAAUAGCACUGAUACCUAAGUUAAACUUAUGAUCAGGUGUGAUUCAAUUCCAUUAUCUGCUAACUAAUUAUUUUUUAAGCCCUCAUAGUUGAUUUCAAGCCAUGUUCGUACAGGUCUGCCUUUUUUUAUAUAUAUAUAGUUUGGGGAGGAGGGAUGGGAGGACAACACUAUCAAGUUGCCCCAAAACUUUAUUUUAAUUCCUUGAUGACCCCAGUCAUUUUGUUAUGUUUGUGCAGAAUUACAGUUUGUAUGCAUUGCCUUUUAUUUAGGUAGCACAUUCGUAACAAGUGUCUGUCUGAUACAGUAUCUGAGCUCAUUCUAAAGGUACAUGUGUAGUCCCAUUUUUAAUAUUUUUCCAGUAUAGGAAAAAACAAGUUAGCAACAAGAUGUCCAGUUUAAUAUACUGUAAGAAAAAAAAUCAGUCACUUCUUUGACUGCCCUGCAACAACGUAAGUUUGCGCCCUAUAUUUAAAAGUUUUAAUUUAUUGUAUUGGUUUCUCUUGAAAAUGUUUUAUCCAGUCAAUUUUGUUAUAAGCUAUAUAGAGCAUAGAAUUAAAAUGGAAAGUUCUACACUGAGAAAGUUUUUAACUAUUGAAGAAUUAUAUAAUAUAAUAUACUGUGUUCUAUGGACAUUAGAAAGAGCAGCUAUGAAAUAUUAAGUGAAAAGAGAUUCAGGCAAAGUGAAAUCCUGGCUAAUGAAUUAGUAAUAAAAAAGAAACACAAUGCCAAAUGGAAGAUAUAGUUUUAAAUAUUUUUAGAAAACAAAAUAAUAUUAGCUGGCCUGUGGCCCUGUUACUUAUGUUUCUAGAUUUGAUGCAUAAAUCAAUACUAUCCCUCAGUGGAAAAAAUGAAUCUUAUAAGAAUCUCUGGAUCUGAGAACCUGAAGGUAAUAAAGUAGCUUUAAUCUCAGUUUUGUUCUAAGCCAUUUGCAAUGAAAAAUUUAUUCUUUAGGAAAGUAAAAGCUUUAACUUCCAUAUGACAAGUUUAUUAGCUGUGAUGCUGGCUAGUUGGAAGGUUAAUUUAAGCUAAGCACUUAAUGUCUAAAAUUAAAAUUAUUCAUCCAUUAUAUUGAAAUAAAUCUUCUUCAUAGUCAAGUUGUAAAUGAAAAUAGCAUUUGCCCUUUUUUUCUUUCUGAGGGAAAGCAGAAAUAGAGUUUAUAGUAACAAUGCAUAGUGUUUGUAUGUCACCUAGUAAAAUAUUCUUAUGUAAAGUUGCCAAAGCAGUUUGAGUUCAGAAGACCCAUUUAUACCACAAUUAUGUGUGGGAGAUAUUUAUUGGUUGUCUGUUGUUGUUUGUUUGAUUACAGAUACAGGCAAGAAUAAUAGGAUUCUUCAAAAUGUUUAUCUGCAUUGACUUGAGCUGAUUUUUAAUGUACUAACCAGUUGCAGUGGGAAAAAAUUGAAACAAAGUAACUAGUUGGUGAUAACUGGCCAUCAGCUAAGCAGUGGCUUUUUGGCUUCUCAAAAGCAGAUAAUAGCAUUAAUCAAAAACUCAUUGGGAAUGAGAAUAGCUUUGAAGCCUUACUGCACCAUACAUCAUUCAUUCAAAUGUUUCUACCUGUUGUGGUAUAAAUGGCUUUAAAAUAUUUUUAUAUGGCUGAAAAAAAUCUAAAACUGCUAAUUAUUUUACUUUGGGUUAUGAAGAUCUGUAUCAUCCUUAAAAAUGAAAAAAAAAAUUGUAUGUUUCAUGCUGUGCAAAACAUGAAUGUAUCUUUCAGACAUAAUGACCUAUAUGUGGUUAAUGUUAUGACUGUUAGAUUUUAUGAAUAAUUAUUUUCAUACCAUUUGAUUUAGGAAAAAUGUUGGAUGGGUGGGGGAAAGAGUAUGUUUGUAGCACUUCCAUGGUACAAAUCCAGUUUAAAAAAAAAAAAAAAAAGUUUUCAUUGUAAAUAAGAGCAAUAUUAUGACAAUUUUGUGCCAAGGUGUAAUGUUAAGAUUUUUGUUUUCCUUCUUAGUUCAGAUUGAAAAUUGCCACUACCAUCUGUUAUUUCAAGUGAAUUUGAAGGGUUUUUUAAUAGAAAAACAUGGGGGAGGGUUGAGUGUUGUGGGGGCAUUUUUUAUUUUUGCUAAAUAUGAAAUAAGGUAUAGGUAUUGUUUUAUAAAUCAUCUGCAGAUUGUCAGCCAGUCAAUUUUGAGAAAUACUGCUUUACAUAAAGCAGAUAAAUGAGUUCACUCAGCUGUACUGAAUUUGGAAGUAUUUGGUAUUUUAAAUAAUGCAUAAGCCUUAAGCAAUAAAACUCACUGCUUUUAUGCAUUUUAUAUAUGCUCUCCCAGUAAUGAAAAAGAGAAAGCUUGUUUAUCCCAUUACACUUAAUGCUAACUAAAGUUUCUUCCAUGUUUUUCUAAGUGUAUUAAAUCUUUCAGUGAAUGUAGUUUAUGCCUCCUAGAGACAACAGCAGCAUUUCUUUUAGAAUAGCUGAUUACAAUAUGGCACAACAUCUAUUAGAGAAAGGGAGAGAAGGCAGUCAGGAGGUUUAGGAACAUGAGCGGUUUGUUGUGGAACCCGUUUAGCUGGCACCUUCCCGUGCAGAGCGUCCAAAAAGCGUCGCGGUACCCACGGAAGGGCCAAAAUGCAGCUGAGCUGCUGCAGCUGCACUGCACAGGGAGAUGGGAAGUAGCGAAGGUCUUGCACAGAGAUGCUGGAGCUCCAGAUGUGCUGUGGAGCUGGAUUACAUGGUGUUUUUGUGCUUCUACAGUGUGUGUGCGGGUGUGUGGGCGAUGUUUGAGGGCUCAGGGAAUUAGCGUGAGCAUGAAACAAUACAGGUCCACCAUCCACAAAUCUCCCAAGCAAAAGCGGGUUGUCCAGUCCAUAUGCUUAGUUGUGCCUGUAGACCCACUCUGCAGGCAAGCUUAAUUAAAGGCCCUCCGCCCUGAGGAUGAAGGGAGGGACUGGAUUAUGGUCCAAAUCCAAAUUUUGUAUAUUCGAACUUCUACAAACUACAGGAAUGGUGCCCUCUAAUGUCACUUGUAGUCUUUUUGUAACUCACGUGUUAUCUCCGGUCCCUGGUUGGCCAUGGAUAUUUGCUAAUCAAAGUACCCACCUUUUCUCUUGAGACUGGAAAAGCUCUUUUCCAUUACUACAUUUACUACUGGGAUGAAGGAUCAACACCCAGUAAAAACAUAUUCAUUGGCUAAAAGUGGAUCUUACAUGAAAUUGCAGAGAUAAUAAUUAGUGGUGUUUGGAAAGCUGUUAGGAGGGGAAAAUGGUUUGUUGGUAUUAAUGCAACUGUUUUGUCCAAUUUCUAUUAUCCCACUGAACUUACAAACUAAAGCUGUUGGGGUUUUUUUGUUUUUGUUUUUUUUGGUUUAGUAAUCUGCAAAGUUUGUCAUCAUCGAUGGAUUUUACCUCUGUGCUAGCUGUUACCAUGAGCAUGCACCUUUUCCAUUCAUAGGGCUUCUCCAGCUACACCUUUAACUGGCAUGUAAGCUGCUGCUGACUUUGGCAUGUUUCACCCACUGAGAGCUCAGCUAAUAAAAAUCUGAGAGAAGUAAAUCACUUUUUAAAAAGUUGAAAUUUUCACAAAAAUUGGUAUGUAGUUUGUUUUCUUUGAAACAGCUAGCCUAAUUAAAAAAAAACACUAAAAUAUCAUUCUAGUAUGCCAUAACAUGAAUUUUGGUUUCACAGACUGGCUGACAUUUUUUUAGUUGCAUUAUUUCAUAUUUAGCAAGCUUACACAUUUUUAAAGGGAGAUUUUUUUUCAAAGUUUUUUUGAUGUUUGAAUAGUAGCACUUUAUCUCAUGCUUACUACUGACUGAACCAUCGGACAAAAUAAAUUGGGUUUGGAGAGAGAGGCUUAAUGGGUUUCUGUACAGAGAUAAUUUGGAUUACACCCUGGUACGACUGCUUUCUGUUGUUCUGACUGUUUCUCGUUUAUUUUUCUUAUGUUUCUGGCAGACUUUCAGAUAAUAGAUAUUAAUAGUUCUAUCGUCUCAGUUUUUCUGAUUUAAAAAUAAUACAAAGCCUGUAUUUAAAAAAAAAAAAAAAAAAAAGGUGCAGAUAGAAACUACAGGGUACUUGUAAAUUUAUCUCUGUGAUCUCUCUGUUAACUGCGUAUUAGCUAUGUUUACUGUAAAUGUUUCUGCUUAGCAUUAUUUUAACAUUAGGUCAAAAUACCUGGAAAUCAGUAUUUUCUUUUUAACUUAUUUGAAUUUUGAUAACUAAAGAUAAUAAUGCACAACAAAGUUUAAAGAAGUUGUCGUCCUCUUACUCCUAGGCUAGGGGCCUAAGACGUGAGUGAAGGGGUUACACAGUUUACAUUAAGCUGUUUAACUGGAAUAUAUCCGCAAAGACUAGAAUAUAAACUACCCAGUGCAAUUAUCUCAGUACAUAGGGGCACCACAGUAACCACCCAUAACAAUCUUACAGGAAAAUGAAGGUAAGAAAACUAAGGUUUUAUUUUCUAGCUUUGUUUUUAGUUUGGUUUAGGUUUGCUUCACUUACCAGUGAUCUCAUUUUAACCAGUCAAUUUGGCAGGGCUGUUUGUGCAAGGUUUUUUUCUUCUCCUUCUGUAACAGGUGCUAUAUUAUGUGUAAAUACAAAGGGAAGAUUAUCUAGAUCAUUAUUAACAAUCAGAUGGUGGCAAUAUUUUUUGCUAGGCACUUCUGGUAAUUAAUUUGCAUUUCCAGCUGUGGCUUUCAGCUGUCAAAUUUCAUCUCAGUUUCAUACUGCUCAAUGAUUACAAGUGUGAAGUAAAUCAUCUCAGAGUUGAAUAGCUCUUUUGUGGUUUAGACUAACUGGUGUAUCUAUCUUUCUGUUAAUGUUGAGAGGAUGGGGAAGUUUCUUCCCAUUAAGUAAGACUUUUGCCUAUAAAUUCAUUAAAAAGCACAUGAGGAAAAAAAAAUUACAAAAUGCAACAUCUUGGUUAACAGCCAGGGUAGUUGACUGAAAAUGAUGGAAACUUGAAAUUGGUCAACACUGGACAAUGUGAAAACAAAUUCAGCUUUUGUCACUGCAGCUACUGUAUGCUUUAAAAAGGGCCUUAUGUAUUUGUCCUCAUUUUGAUAAAAUGAAAUUUCUUGCCAUUAAAAUGAUAAAUGAUAAACUAACAUUCUACAGAAAACCAGCAGUUCCCAGAAUUAAUAUGCUAAUUAAAAUUUAACAAGUCUUGUUUUAGUCUUAAGUAAAAUUUCAUUUUAUUAUGUGGGAAAAAUGCUGUUACGCAUAUUUUGUGGAUAUAUUCAAUUUCAGUUGACAAAUAGUUGUCUAGGUACAGACUUGAAAAUAUAUAUAUAGUUUACUUGUGGAUCUUAAUUGUUUAAUUGCAAAAUAAAGAUGUGCUUUAGUAAUUUAAA